CUUCGUCAGUUAAGAGUAGAAUUGCGUCGCUAUGGCAAGAACAAAGCAGACCGCCCGUAAGUCCACCGGUGGUAAAGCCCCGAGGAAGCAGCUUGCCACCAAGGCCGCUCGUAAGAGCGCCCCAGCCACUGGCGGCGUGAAGAAGCCUCAUCGUUACAGGCCUGGUACCGUAGCUCUGAGGGAGAUUCGUCGUUAUCAGAAGUCGACCGAGUUGCUGAUCCGCAAGCUGCCCUUCCAGCGUCUGGUGAGAGAAAUUGCUCAGGAUUUCAAGACCGAUCUCCGUUUCCAGAGCUCUGCCGUCAUGGCCUUGCAGGAGGCUAGCGAGGCAUAUCUGGUCGGCCUGUUCGAGGAUACUAACUUGUGCGCUAUCCACGCCAAGAGAGUCACCAUCAUGCCCAAGGACAUCCAGUUGGCCCGCCGCAUUCGCGGAGAGCGUGCUUAAACUGCUCGCUCGGCGUAAUAUCCCAAAAUACCCAAAGGCUCUUUUAAGAGCCACCUAAAUUGUUUCGCUGCAAAAUGAGCAAGUCGCCUUGGCAACGCUUC